AUGGGAAGGGAGCCCCCUAACUCGAUUCCACUUAAACAUCCAAACUCUCCAACAUCACCAACAUCGCCGGCACCACCAGACGUCCCCUCAAAGCUCCUCCUCCCUCCGCUCACGACCGACGACGACAGGCCGACGCCAAACGUCAAUCUGCGGGCAGCGUCUCACCCUGUGGCACCCGACUCCGCGCCUUCCGGCCACGUUCCGCCGAGGCUUGGCAUCGAACGCCACUGA